UCAGACAGAAAAGUUGGAAAAAUGGCUGCCGAUAGUAGUGGUGUCGAAUGGGGAUCUAUUGUAAAACCAAUUCUAGCUGCUUCUUACGGCUCAUUCAACAAAAACGAUGUAAUAGAACUUGCUAAGGCAAUAAUAAAAAGCGAACAAGACCUGCUGCAACAUGAUGAAGCCUACGAAUCUUUCUAUUCUUCAUUCGCGGCGCUUGCAGCUGAUUACAUCAGCUCCAGUGCUACAUCAGGUGAGGAGUCUCGACGUCAGGAGCUUCCGGGCACGAAUCAAGAACUGGUUACCUGAUGGAGUCACAAUUUUACUCUGUGGAGGAAUAUUUGAGGCCAACAGAAACACCAUCUGAACUUGUGAUGCUUUGACAAAUGUGAUGCUUUUACGGGCAAGGCCAUCUUGAUAAAAUUUGUAAAAUUUUAUUUUCUUAAUGUUUUAUAUGUUUGACCAAGUGAAAAACGUGAAUAAGUGUUUUAUUUCUGACAUAUAUGUCAAUACUAAGACAAGGACCAAGUCAGAUCCACUUCCAGACACGACACAGUCUAUCCAGAUUUCCGGUCAUGACUAAGGAGAGAAGUUUUUUUUUCAAGUUAGUAUGAAGUAAGUAAUAAUAAAAGCUGGUUACAUUUUUAAACGUGAUUACUUCCACGAGAACCAAUCAGAGAAGCCCUUUUUUAAAAAAGCCUUCUCUGAUUGGUUCUUCUGAAAUUAAUCACGAUUAAAAUUCAACCGGCUCUUAUGUAACUGGGCCUUAGUCUUUUGUAUUCCAUGUUGUUGAUGAUAAUAAUAAAUUAUGAAUAGAAUCUUUAGACCCUUCACUUACUGUGUUUUUAAAAUAAGUCUGAUUAGAAAAAGUUAAUAACUAUUUGUAUUCAAUCUAUGUUGAUAGUAGCCUAUUUGAACAAAUGCUUUGUGGCUUUGAAGAAAAAUUAUAUUUAAUAUUAUUUGGUUUUUAUUGUUUGAUUCUGAUUUAAGUCACUAUAGCACGCUUGCACAAAUGUCUUCCAAAUUUUAACUGUGUUAAGGCUGUUCGAUUAUACCUUUUUUAUUCAAAUUGGAUAAUCUUUUUCAAUUUAAUUGUCAAGAUCAUUA